AUGUCGGAACCCCGUGAUGAAGCCCGUGCUACUACCGGUAAAUCUGCUGAAAAUUUGCAAAAAACGCGGCUUUUGAGGUCAGAAUCCACGAAGUUCCAGGAUCAUGUUGCACCUCCCAUCGUUGGAGCUUUGAAAAGGGGCUCUGCGAACACCAAAAUGAGGACAGUAAAGGCGAUAGCAGAGUCGAUACUAAUUAACAAAUGCAGUGACGAGAAGCGAAUGAAGGACGAGGUAGACAAGCAUGGCCAAUGGAAGCACUCGACGAUGGGUAUUAUAGAGUUUUUCGUGUAUAAGAUUCUGUUGGUUGGACUGUACAUUGCCUACGGUAUCUUCAGGUACUUUCAAUACCAAUAUAAUUUGAUGAAGUUAAGGAUCCUCAACGUGUUUUAUAGCCCUUCUAACACGCCUCAGCUUAUCAGGCAAGACGUGAGGAAAUUAAACAAGAUCCCCAAAGUACUUGCAUCCAUCCUCGAGGUGAAGCCUGUUGGGGAUGUUGGCGGUGGGAGCAAAGGGUUGCUGAACGACGGCAGUAAGCUGGUGUGCUGGACUGUGUCUGCCGGUAUCAAGCAACUCAUUCUAUACGACUACGAGGGGAUCCUGCAGGGCAACGUGGAACUGUUCCGGGAGGGCAUUUAUGCCAAGCUGAGCAAAUACUACGGUCCGUACAACGUCCCAACGUUCGCUGUCAAAGUACCACACGAAAACAAGGUGUACUACAACCUGAAAGGCAACAGCCAAAAGAAAAGCAAAGUUUCCAUUGAGGUCUCGUUGCUCUCCAGCAGGGACGGCCGGGAAACCAUUGUCGACCUAACAAAGACAAUGGCGCAUCUUUACAAACAGGGGGACUUGUCCCUCGACGAGAUCACAGUCGACCUCGUCGACCAAGAGCUUGUCCAACUGGUCGGCCACGAACCAGACUUACUGCUCUACUUCGGACCCGCGCUCGACCUCCAGGGAUACCCGCCCUGGCACCUACGCCUGACGGAAUUCUUCUGGGAGGCGGACAACAACCAGGUCACGUACUCCGUCUUCAUAAGAGGUCUCAGGGUGUACGCUGGCGCCCAGAUGAACGUCGGGAAGUAA